ACCUUUCCACUGACAAUGAGAUCAUGGAAGAUAUCAUUCAUCAUUGCCUGGAAGGUCACGGGGAAAUUGGUGAUGCCGAAGAACAUCACCUGUCAUGACUUAGGGGGUUCAUACAGCCCUCGGUUAGUUACAAAGGCAGCCUUCCAUUCGUCGCCAGCCUUGAUCCGGAUAUUAUUAUAUCCCCAUCUAACAUCGAACUUGGUGAAGAGUGUAGUG